UGCUCGUCAAUCCACAUCAUGUUUAUUGCUUGGAGUACUGUAGCCUCGCUUGUUGCUGUGUUUGGACUUAUAGACCACAGCGAUUGCCUCCACUGGGGGAAGCCCGCCCCCACGCUGCACGUGACGUGUAAGUACCCUGACGGCGUGAGACACACCUGUAGCACUUACGAGCCAUGUGUGUCUUGUAUCAGUCAGUGGAAAGAGGUUUACCAUAAGUGCAGCGUGUGUAACGGGGACGACUCUAACCACUGGUACGACCCGAAUAAACUACCCAAGCACCUCAAGAACUACAAGAGGGUCUGUUUGAAGAAGAACCGCUGCUCAGUCUGUCCGGUGUGUAAACAGAUCAGAGACGGCUUCAAGCACAACCGCUACUUGGGCUGUGACGGCUGCGAGAGUGGUGACGACUAUGUACCUGCUUAAAAAUCAUAUGUAUACAAAUAGUUUUGUACAAGCAGUAUUCUUAAUGUAAAAACAUGUUGUAAUGAAGUAUAAACGUUUUCAAAAUAAACUAAGUGUGUGGAU